GCACACUGCCUGCCUGCAUCCUUAGAAGCAAGAACCUGAGACUGGUCUUUCCAAAUGCUCUGACUUGGGACACUUGGCUUACAUUUAGUAGGUGAUUCAGGUUAGUAAUACCUUUAUUUGAAUACCUCCCAAGGAAUUUUCUCUAAAUAGAUAAUUUAAUAUAGGUUUAAAAGGCAAUAUUGGGGGGAAAAAAUCCUACUUCUUUGGGUGUUUUUUCUUUGUUUCAGAAGACAGUUUCUUAGGUUGCCACAAAAAAUACAGAAUGCAGCUUGACCCCUCUGAACGAAAGAGCCAGAUUUAUCGGGACUAACAAGGAAGUUGUCCAAAAGAGAUUCAUUAAUUAGGAAGCCUAAUCAGAGCCAAUAAGACAAAUGCACAGGCCAUCCACAGGCUAAUAUACAUCUUUUGGCAGCCACCACUCCCCACAGGCUUGCCUGUCUGUUGCUGCCUACUGUAUGGCUUCCACCGCAGAAAUGAUGUGAUAACGCUAAAACCAAUUUGGCACUUUCCACAUGAGAGGACGAGUGUAUUCCCCACCCUGGAAAUGCAGCCUCCAGCUGUCUUGCCCUAUGCCAGAGGUUUCUUAAUACUCUGGAAUUAGCUGACUAAGAGAUGUAGCAAACUAACAGCAUUUGCUAUCUGUUCAGGCUGCCUAAGCUUUCCAUCAAAUAAACUUUGGUUUGAUUCUCAGCCCUUUGGGAACGGUUGCCCACAGCUAACAUUUGCUACCCCAAAUAACCCCGUGGUGACCUUCGCUGCAAAGCUGCAGCCAAGAAAAACCCUGUUUAACAUAACAGUGCACAUCUUAGCACAUCAACUUGAACCAUCCUGACCUCUGAGCUGCCAGGGUCUGUACAAAUUAAUUUUAACAAUAGACAGUGUUGAAAGGAAGGAAUGUUUCAAAGGAAUUAAAAAAAUCUCCCUUAUCCAUCUCUUCUCAUUUAAGAAAUAGUCAGGAGGCUUACUUUAGAAAAAUGAAAAGUGCUCCUUGUUGCAAAACAAUGGGCUUUAUAAAGGGAGGGGAACUCUUUAGUUUCUUGCAUCUUAGCGUGGCAAGAUGAAAUUUCCCACAAGUGGGUGCUGAUUCUGGAAAAUCAGCCUUUAAUUUCCACUGGGGAAUUGCCUUUAUUUCCUGGGAUGCCUCAAAGAUACCAUUGAGGUUUGCCUUUCUUUUUCAUAGCUGCUGCUAAUACUUCUGUUAAGCAAAUAAGUAAGUCUUCCCUUUCUGCCCACUUCACUGGUUUGUACCUUCCCUAAUGCUUUCCAGGGCUUUUGUGUGAACGACCAGACUGGGAAAGGAGAAAAGCCAUUCUCCGUAUGGUAGUCGGAACUGAAAUCAGUUAAUGAUUGAAGGAGCUCAUCAGAAGGGAGAUACAUAGGAAAAUGAGGUCUUCAGCCUCUGGGGCAAAACAGGCUUAUCAGUUCUGCUGAAGAGGAAGCUGGGUUGGGUUAAGUCUCCAGUGUUUCCCCAGGGAUAGACUUAUUCCUCUGCUCCUCCUCUGCAGCAGCUUGGACUCCAGCAGUCUGUUUCAUUUUCCUUCACCAAUACUUCAAGGCACAGAGGAGCUGGUAAAGGCAUUGCCAUGAAACCUAAUUUGAAGCAAUGGAAACAACUCAUGCUUUUUGGUAUCUUUGCAUGGGGCCUGCUAUUCUUGGUGAUAUUCAUCUAUUUUACAGAUAGCAACACUGCUGAACCAGUUCCAAGUUCUUUUUCUUACAUUGAAACUAAGAGACUUCUGCCCCUUCAGGGCAAGCAGAGAGUAAUCAUGGGAGCCAUUCAUGACCCAUCAUUCUCUGAAACCAUUGAUGGGAAUGAGGUACUGCUUAAUGAAGAUCUCCUAGGUACUUUUAAAUCAGGGACUGGAAAUUCUAAGAAAUGGACUGUAUUGGAAGAGACCUUUAGAAAUGAAGAUGAGUUUUUUCCACCCCAGUUGGGAAGAAAAUCAAAAAGUGCUUUCUACCAAGUGAAUGAUGAUUAUUUAUUUGCUGCUGGUCAGCCUCAGUCACACAACCACCUUCAAGAGAUAGAAAAAUUCAUUUCGGCUGACAUGAAUAAUCCAAAAGGAAAUAUUUUACAGAACAACUGGAGCCAUCAGAGAAGAAUGAGGAGAAGGAGCAUAAAGCAUAGGAGAGGCCAGAUGCUUGAUGAAUCUGAUGACUGGGAUGGGCUGUAUUCCACAAUGUCGAAAUCCUUUCUUUACAAGCUUUGGAAAGGGGAUGUCUCUUCCAAGAUGUUAAACCCUCGACUGCAGAAGGCGAUGAAAGAUUAUUUGAGUACCAAUAAGCAUGGGGUGCGGUUCAAGGGGAAACGAAACUCCAAGCUGACAGGAGACCAGCUAUUCUGUGAGCUAAAAGAAAGAGUGAAUGUGAAAACAAUAGAUGGCAAGGAGGCUCCCUUCUCCACUCUUGGAUGGGAAAAGCACGUUCCCCAAAUUCCACUGGUCAAAUUAUAUACACAUGGCUUUGGGAGCUGUGCAGUAGUUAUGUCUGCUGGUGCAAUACUGAACUCCUCUCUAGGGGAUGAAAUAGAUUCUCAUGAUGCCGUUUUAAGAUUUAAUUCUGCUCCAACACGUGGCUAUGAAAAAGAUGUUGGCAAUAAAACAACCAUGCGCAUCAUUAAUUCUCAGAUUCUCACCAAUCCAAAUCAUCACUUUGUCGACAGCUCCUUGUAUAAAGAUGUUAUCUUAGUAGCCUGGGAUCCUGCUCCCUACUCUGCAAAUCUGAAUGUGUGGUAUAAGAAGCCAGACUACAAUCUGUUCACUCCCUAUGUACAGCAUCGCAGGAAGAAUCCAACCCAGCCAUUCUACAUCCUCCAUCCAAAGUUUAUAUGGCAGCUCUGGGACAUCAUUCAGGAGAACACUAAAGAGAAGAUACAGCCCAACCCUCCUUCUUCAGGGUUUAUUGGAAUCCUCAUCAUGAUGUCCAUGUGUAAUGAAGUGCACGUGUACGAGUACAUCCCUUCAGUGCGGCAGACCGACCUGUGUCACUACCAUGAACUCUACUACGAUGCAGCUUGCACCUUAGGGGCCUACCAUCCCCUGCUCUACGAGAAGCUCCUGGUGCAGAGGAUGAACAAAGGUUUGCAGGAUGAUCUGUAUCGGAAGGGGAAAGUCAUUUUGCCAGGAUUCAAAGCUGUCAAGUGCCCCAAACGAAAUAAUUUCCCACACUUGUAGAAGUAAGUCUUUCAGAAACAAUGUGCAAUAAGGUACUACUGUCGUACUAUAAACAAGAAGAGAAUACUUGAAAAAAUAUAUCUUAGACCAAUCUAGUCUUGAGUCUAUAAAUUGUAAUUAAGUAGCAGGCAUGAGAAGUACUUCUUUUCUGAGCCUGAGUAUUUAUUACUGCUUUGCAAAUAGUUACAGAAGAAAAGCAAAAGCUUAGUUCAUGAAGGUGCAAAGGACAUACUUAGGCAGAAAUAUAAUGUAUCAUUGUUGGUGUGACUGUCAGAAUUUGUCAGUGGUCUCAUGCCACAUAUGCUAGACUGUAAGUUUUUUUAAAUGAAUUUAUUUAAUUGUCAAACCUGGCAUUGUGAAACAGCCUCCAUUGUUCAUGUAUGUGUGGCCAGUUGAACAAUGCAGCAUUUCUCAUGGCUCCAUGGGAUUUUCACACUCUCCCAGAAUGAAGUAAUUGCUACUCCGAGCUGUGCAGUCAUUCACUAGAGCAGACUUCAAUGCCUGUUCCUACACAGGCUGAGUUCCAGGCCUGCAGCUGAACAGGGGUUUAGGGUAGCCCUGAAGUGUGUGCAGAGAUGGUUGUACAUAGCUAAACCAGUUAAACUACUGGAUGUGGUUUUGGAUGCCAGUUUCUCAUGCUCACACUGACUGAAGAGGGAAGAGAGAAACCAUUUCUUUAGAGAAAAAAGAACAUAUUUGUAACCCAAUUAGGAAGAAAAACUGUCCCUGAAAGGACUAUCAGGAAGGUAUGAGAUGGAAAUGGUGCCUCCCCCCAGUCUGCACAGAUACAAAAGAUCCAGAGAAAGCCAAGGGAGGCUGUGCAGCAUUCACCCGUUACACUGAAAAGCAAGCAUAGGGGCUCACCACUUGUCAACAAAGAUAACAUUCAGGAAUAGAGACAUUAUUUUUAGGUAUUUCAUUGGUAUCUGAAUCAAAGUCACUUGUUCACAAGUUCUUGCUGUUUAGAAAGGAGAAGUUGUCUGACAAAAGAAGAUGAUAUCAGCAUUUUUUACUUAAUGCUUGAAAGACUAUAACCCAGAAAAGCUGUAAUGCCUGCAAAAAAACCUGACAACAGAUUGCAUAUGGAGAUGGUUUGAUAUUUUCAUUCAUAACACACAAGGACAAUAUUCUUUAAGGUAAUUCUAAAAGUUAAUGGUCUGGAGUGGUUUUCUCAGUUGUUUGGUUUGGUUUGUUUUUUUCCCAGCUGACUGUACAUUUUCUUUUAGAAUAAGUUCAGCAGGAAUAUUCGUACACAAAAGCACAUCUAUGUCCUACUCAUGUCCAACCAGUAAGAAAAGCAGACAGCUCAAAGGGGCAUUGAAAGGAAUAGCUGACUGGUUGUGGUGGAAAGUGUUUUUUGUGUUUUGACUUAAGCAAAAAGCUUUUUGCCAGAAAGGCAAAGACAUUAAUGACUAUUUCACCUUCAGUUGCAAGGAUAAUCACAAAAGCCUUUUUCUCUCACUCAGCUCUUUGGGAAGUAGUAUUGGACAGAUCUUUUGGAAGGAUUAUUUUCCUUCCUCAAAAUGAAGAAUAAAUAUCUUACAUAGGACUUAGUCUUCUUUUCGGGCUUUACGAUGAUCUUAAGAUUCUUCUUAUUGACAGAAAUUAUGUGUAGAUGAUCUAAUAACUGUACUUCUGUAUUGUAUGGAUAGUUAUGUCCAUGAGGCAUUUUGGUACAUAUCAAAAUUGUAAGUUUUACUCAUACUGGGCUUGGACUCUGGAUGUAUUACAUACCAAUUUAUUUUUUAAUGUUAUGUGUGGCGGCAACUUUUAUUCUUGAAGUUAAUAACAUUCUUAUUUAAAUGCAUGGAGGAUAGAUAGCCUACACAGAACUAAUCUAUUUUUCCAUAUGUUUGGUACCCUGUUUGCAAAACAUAAGCAGUCUGAACAGUGCAAUCAAAUAUGUCUCUCUCUGCUGUACCCUGGGUUAGCUAUGACAUAAAUGUAAAGGAAGAGAGUUUAGCUUUCUAAGACUAGUGAAUAUGCUACUUUUCAAUAAGCAGAAACUUCUAGAGUUCCAAAAAGAAAAAAAAAUCGCUUUGACUGGCCUGCAACUGCUAACUUUUAAUUUCAAUUUUCACAAAGAAGACAAAUACUAACUGCAUUGCUCAACCACCCACAGCAGGAUCAUGUAGUAUUAUUUAUUCUCUCAAUAAUUUUUCAGAAUAAUCAACAUAGCUGUUGCUUACACAGAACAAGGCAAAUGACAAUGUUUCAUGUAACAAGUGCUAGGCAUACCUACUUAGUACAUCACUUAUAUACCAAUGCAGAACCAGGUCUGAAUAUUUAUUACUGCUUUGCAAAUAGUAACAGAAAAAAAAAAUCUGUAUAUUUUUUAUUUACUGGGCUGCACACUCAAGCACUUGCAGCCAAAAUUUUUUCUUUGCCUUAUCCUUUAUAUGGCAGUCAGUCCUCCUUCCAUAAGUACAGAUGCGGCUGUUAUAGCACCAACACCUCCAAAGAUGCUGCAGAGCUGUGCUGCAAACAUUUGCUCACAGAAGAGGAAGACCAACCUGUGAUGCCACCUUUAAAACUGAGCCUGGAAUGGCUUUCUAACACUGGUAUCCACUGUGAUGUUUUACUGGUCUGCCUGCUCAAACACAUUGUGGUUGUUUAAAAAGCUUUUUCUCUCCUACUUUGUCUUGUCCUCCUUCGGUGUCUGGCACAAGUGCAAGUGUGUUUGAUCUGCUAAUUGAGGGCUCCCCUCCACUUGCUGAAAGGGGGGAAGGGGCAGAAAUAAAGGGGAAACAUAGAGGACCUGCAGAGGUGCUCCUCUCAACACUUCUUACUCUCUGUGGCAUUGGCAUUCUGGCUUUUUUAAGAGCCCUCUGAGUGUUUUUGAAUUCAUGGGCAUUUCCCCAUCCCUUGUGAGGGCAGAGAAAUGUUUGCAAAGAACCACAUUCAGUAAAUGUAAAACAAUCAACAUGUAACAACACUGAACCACAGCUCUUCUAAAAACAAUGAGAGUGUUGGGUUUACAUGCAUGUUAAAUGCUGUAAAGUGAUAAGGAAGUGUAUUUUUUCACCAAGAACAUGGGACUUUUUGGGGAAAAGAUACAGGCAUGGCUUCAUAGCUCUCCCAUGUGGCUGUCAAACACUAACAGAGUGGGACAGCACCUAGACAAGAGAGGUUUGCACAAACCUGGUGCAUCUCAAGGUGCAUCAUCAGCCAAGCAAUUGCCUCUGCUGUUGGGCCCCUGAGCUCCCUUUGCACUUGUAGGCUUUAAAUUUAUGGAAUUUUACUGACAAGUUGGAACAAGUUGCCUUCAAACACUAUCAAGCCUCAUUUCUGUGCCCUGGUGCUGUGGACAACAGUUAAAGUUAACUGGAACAAACCAGAAACACAGCAGCAGUUUAAGGAAAUGCACUGAGUUUAUGCUGAAUUUAAUUAUGCUCUUCUUUCCCCACUGUGAAUUCUGUCUGACUUGCGGUGCUCUAUUAUUUUAUGCAUUCAGUUUUGGAUGGUUAAAUCAAGGUAUUCUUUUGUUUAAUCAAGAAAAAAUUAUGAAAUAUUUUUGCCUCAUUUUGAGCCAAAAUCUUUUUACUAAAAAAAAAUAA